GUUGUAUACUGAACAUUAUGAUCGCGUGCAGUCAUAGUAAUUCAUAUGAUCCGUUGUAUACGAUAAACGUGCCGGUCGAUAAGAUAUUGUGGAACGAAAUAGUGAUCUACCUCAUAUUACAUGGUUUUCCUAAUUGCUAUAUUUCGUGGUCAUGAGAGCUGAUCAUUGUUUGUCUUAAUGGUUAUUUGUAAAAGAACAGAAUUCAGGGAUUGGACACGAUCACUUAGACUUGACAUCGUCACCAUCAUCACAUUCUUUCUGACGUUAUCGUCAUUGGGGUCGUAUACCAAUCCCUGUUACACGUUACACGGAAUAAAACGGAUCAGGCGCUUUGUAGUUGAUCAAACAAUAUCCUUUUGAUAUGUGCAUUUGGAUUGACAUUUAUCUAUAUUGGCUGCUCUCGGGGACUGUUCUGCAUCUAUCUCUAUGUUUAUUAUCGCUUUCAUCUUCACCACUCUGACCUCAUGACGCCAUUGAGGACGACGUCGAAGCGGACAAUGAUCUACUGAGAUUUAAACCCCCACCAUCCAUUGUUUAAACUAUAGUCUUUUUUUUAACUGUGUCUGAACUUAGGUCUUGGAAAUUGGGUGAUAUCGGGACAGGCCGUCCGAUUCCCCCUCGUCGUCUUCGUCAACAACGUCGCCGGCGUCGGUGAUCAACGACCAUGUCUAGACCGUGGAUUCGAAUGAGGGAAGUCCAGCUCCCAGGCAGAAUCCAACGGAACUGGGGGUGGGUCGUCACCGUCUGCGCCGCGCUCAUUUUCAUCGUCGUUCAUGGUUUCUUCUAUUCGUUCGGCCUCCUCAUGGUCGAGCUCAUGGAGGAGUUCGACAGUGACGUCACGACCACGGGUUACCUCGGGACGGUCGCCUACGGGUGCACCUGGAUCUUCUGCAUCUUCGCUACACCUGUCGUCAAUCGCAUCGGGUGCCGACCCGCCCUCAUCCUGGGCGUGGUCGUCUGUUCCCUCUCGACCCUCAUCAGUUCCUUCAUGCCCGGUGUGUUACCCCUCUUUGGCUCUUACAGUUUUCUCUUCGGUGUGGGCAACAGCUUCAUCUGCUCGGGUGCCUUCCUCUCAAUCCUCGCCUACUUCCCCGUCAAGCACACCACAUUGGCAUUCGGGAUUUCAACGGCUGGGGUUAACACAGGUAUACUUGUGUACAAUCCGAUCAUGUACGCCAUGAUCUCGCGGUGGGGGUGGAGGAACGCCUUGCGCAUCUCGUGCGCCACCUUCCUCAGUAUCGCUCUCCCCUGCACCAUGGUGUUCGUCGAACCACCACCGUCACACGACGAGGACGACGAUGACGACGAGAAACGAUCACAGCUGUUUAACGCGACUGAAAUCUCAGCUAAGGAGAAAAUGCUGGAGGACGAAUCUAGGAGUCAACCGUGCAUAGUGGAGAACGGUUGCAUCAGCGAUGAUUCGAAUGCUCUUGUUGCUAUAGCAACGGAUGGCAAAGCCUCUGGUUGUUCCGAUGUGAAGUACAGUGGAGCAGAAAGUGGCGGGAAUGAAAAAUUGGUGGCGAUUGGGUCAGGAGGUGGAGUUGAAGGAGAGAAGGAAGACAGCAGGAAACUGUCCAAGUGUGGUGGUUGGUUCCAACUGUUGGGUUACCCGGACGUCUGGCUACUUGGGAUAGGGGUGCUCUGUGGGAACGUAUGCGUGUCUUUUCUUUACUUUAGUACGGUCAAUUUCAUCGUGUUGGCGGGUUUCUCCAAGUGGAAGGCGAGCCUGAUGAUGGCCACCAUGGGCCUGACCGAGAUCUUCGGCAAGAUCUUCAUCGGCAUCGUCGUCGAUCGACUACCGAUUCCGAAGUUAUUCUACAUGAUGGCUGCCAACUGCAUAGGUGCCGGCGUGCUGUAUGCCAGUUUCUUUGCGAAAACGGAAGCUGUCAUGUUCGCCAUUGUUGCCGUUGAAGGUUGUUUUAUCAUGGCGCCGCUCGAUUCCCUCGCUCACUCGGUCGCUUACCAGCUCUACGAAGCUUCUUACAGCUCUCUCCUCUGGUCUUACGCCAUGCUCGCAUGCGGAAUUGGAGGGAUUUUGGCGGCCAUGUUUGGUGAAAGUGUGGACAAAACGGGUUCAUACAACACUGCCAUCUACAUCAUUAUCGGCGUCUUUUUCACAGCUGCACUGUUCCUCGUUUUGGUCCCCGUUUACCAGAGGACUUUUAGUAAGGACCGGUUCAUCGUCUUCAAAAACGCCAGGCAAUUUCGGCGGAAGAAACCCGACGAAAUUAAAUACCAAGCUCAGGAUACGCUGUGAAUAUUACUAUAUACAUCAGCCAAGACCGACAGAUGACAAGGUCACCGUGACGCAGAACGCUUUCGAGAGCAUAGAGAAUGUAUUGUCAAACGACCUUCAUGACAAAGAGCAACCAAGAAGUCUUUGUCGAAAAUUUAUGAAUCAAAACAGCAGUUUCGGUCUGGACUCUGGACACACGACAUAUAUAUUUGCAUUUUUUUUCUUCAGCCUCGAAACUUCGGACGAAAAUGCUGUUCCGGUCCAUCAAUUUUCGACAAAGACCACCCCAAAAAGUUCAUUGUCAUGUGGCUGGCAGUUUCAAAAAGUCUGCUGCGUUCUUGAAUUCGUUCUGCGUCCCGAUGCGAAAAGUCUCUACUUUUCAGGAAGGAACACUAUAGUUUUGAAUCCGUUUGGAACUUGGUCAAUGGUGACCGAGAUUUGACAGAACUAAUACGGCCACGCUCUGUGCAGAACUGAAUUGAUCUCGCACGAUCUUUACGCCUCGUUCCUGCUGUAGCGCGAUUGGCCGUUCGUAACUGAUCGCGAAAAGUUUUUUAACCAUUCGAAAUCUUUCUACGAUUAACAAGAUUACCACGACUGAUCUGAUACGAUAUGAUAAGAUUACUACGAUUAUCACACGAUUAAGUACGCCGUUUGAAUUGUGGCGCAAAAUCGUGUUAGUAGGAACUAUUACGAUUCGCUUUCACGAUUAUUGAUGAUUCGUGGCACAACAUUUUGGAGUAAUCGUCAAGAUCUUAUAAGUACAUAACUAUGCGGAGCGUUGUGGCCCAGUGGAUUAGUCUUCUGACUUUGAAACAGAGGGUCAUGGGUUCGAAUCCCAGCCAUGGCGUAAUUUUCUUCAGCAAGAAAUUCAUCCACAUUGUGCUGCACUCAACCCAGGUGAGGUGAAUGGGUACCUGGCAGGAAUUUAUUCCUUGAAAUGCGUGUGCGCUGUAAUCUUAGUAAUUACGGCUGCCAAGCUACAGCUGGGGUAAUAAUAUCCAAGUCCUUUGGAAGCGCAUAGAGACAUUAUUCAUAAUGUGAUAUGCGCUAUACAAGAACUGUAUAUUAUUAUUAUUAUGAACCCAUUGGAUUUUGGAUGAUGAAAUAUAAAGCUGUCAUGAUCAAAAGAAUAAAUGUUAAUCACGAUCACUGCAUCAGACUUGAAAAGCGCGAUAUGUCGCAGUCCGACUGAAAAUGCGCAACACGUCGCCCCUAAUGGUAGCCUGAAAACGUGGUAAACGGGACGCAACCUUUGAAACGCCAAGGGCUUGAAGAUCGAUCUUCGGAGGAUUGAUCUGCGAUCUUGCGCGAUCUUCAGACGACGAGUCUUGUAUCUUUGGUGAGAAAUGCCACCCAAUUCUGAGGCAAGAUGAGACUAGUUAUAAAAGGCGGCCUCAAACGGGGUAGUUCAAGGAUCAGCUAUUCAUAUACGACUAACCAGUCGUAGGUCUAUAUGCCUAUUGCAUUCGUCAUGUUCGUGGUCAGAUCACGGGACAAUUUGGACAGCAUUUUGGCAGUUGAAUAAGGAGACCAUGAUACCCAUAAAAGAUUGCUUUAUCUAAUAAUCAAGACCAUUACAUUCAAGACAAUGUGUAAUUAAUUAUGGCGAUGAAAGUAUACAUUGCAAAGUUAAUCCACGCCAGAGGAAAUGAGGAAGCAUUUAAGUCCCAUUUUUGGAAAACAUAGGCGAUGGGAAAGGAAAGAUAUCAUCUUAGCACUCAGAUUGUUUCCGGGAUUGUUUAAACUAACCCGAUAAACCCAUCUGCUGUUGGUGUAAAAACAGAGCGUCAGUCGUCUUUACAUGAAAUUUCAAUGUAAGCAAAAGUUGGUCGGCCUGUUUGUAAUAAAGUGCCGUGGCCGAGUGGCCUAAGGCGCCCGACUGCACACGAAAGUCCGGGGUUCGACUCCCGGCACCGCCUUUGAUGUAGGCUGUAUUAUAUACAUUGCCUUUUUAUCUUGCAUCAAAGAAAUGAAAAUGCCUUAUAUGCAUUAUUGAUGCCAACGUGCACACGUGAUUUUUUUUAAAUAUCAAUCUCUUAUAGGUUGAUUAAAAAGAUCCUAAGAUCUGAAUUAAUGAAAUGCAAUGCUGCAUGCACAACGUUUUAUAUUUUAGUAUGAUUGUGAGAGAAAUAUAUAUUUUGUUCUUCCAUUUUUUAUUGGUACUAAUAUUUUGUAAGAUGAUGUAUAGUACAGGGUAAGCUAUUGUAAAAUACUGAAAUAAGUGAAUUUCUAGAUUUAUGAUAUAGACUUAAAGUAAAUGUUUAUUUGUCUUUCGCCCACGACUUAAAAUUUGGCUUUCUAUUAAUCAAAGUUAUUGGAAAUUAAAUUUUAUAUUAAUGUAUCUUUUUAUUGUUCUGAUAUGCAUGUAUUUCAAUGAAUCAAUAUAUAUGAUUGAUUUCAAGAAAUAGGCAUCAUGGCCGUACGCAGAAUUUUUUGCGGGGGGGGGGCAGGACGCGGAAACUUUCUUUGAAAAAAAUCAAAAGCGAGGGAGUGAAGCGACUGAGCUUGUCAUUCGGAUGCUUUUGCAUUUUGUAAAGUGAAAUUGAAGGAUUUUAUGCAUACUUUUGGUGAAUUUUGUGAACAUUUUCAGUAAAAUGCGUACGGCCAUGAUAGGCAUGGAGAUCAGGAAUAGAAAUGUAAAAGAUUUGAUACAGUGACGACGAUUUGAAUGUCAUUUGUGUGUUAUAACGUUAGCAAUUAUGAUCCAGAUGUCGGAAAGAGGUUGAAAUCGAACGUUCGAAUAUUCUGAUCUGUGCGUGUUCAUGAGCUCACCAAAGCUGGCUCAGAACUGACUGAAAACUAUUUGCAGAAUCUGUAUUAUAUAUAUGAUUUUGCAAUCCUUUUACACUUAAAUAGUUUCCCAUGCAACAGACUCUAUUCUGUAUCGAGAUGCUUUGCAAUAAUUUUAUCUUUCUAUCAAGAGAAAAUCAAGAUAACAUUUGUUUAAAAAAUAUGAGAAUUGGGUUUAUUGGUAUCGCUAUUAUAACUCUAAUGGAAUCUUAUUUUAUGGGGGAGGGGUAUAAAUAGAACUUACAAGGUGGUCCAUGAAAUUAUCUCGUUAUAACGAGCUUGUGGUAAGUUGAUGUUCUUUAUAGCGGGGUUCAUCUUGAUUUGAAAUUUAUUGUAUCACAUUGAAAUACUAUAUUGGUGCGAACCAAAAAAGCAAUAUUUUAUUUAA